GGCCUCGGAUCCAGAGCUCACAUUUCUCACGGAUGACGAGCAACCGCGAUACCCGACGUUUGGAAUCUAAAAUCGCACUUUCCUGUUUCAUUUUUGACUUUUGACUUCUCCUAUCCUUUCGUUUUUUCGUUAAAGUGAAUCCAAGUGUGACUUUUGCCUGACUGAAACUGAAACUGAAAGGCAGUCUUUACUUUUAUCCAACCGGUGAUUCGGUGAAGGAUGACGUUGGUCCUGCGGUGAAGCGGCUCGUGCCUGCAGAGUCCUCUCGUGUUGGAUGUCAUUCUGGUCCACAGUGGUUCUCGUGAGCUCGUCUUCCCGGCAGCAGAUGAGCCUCGCGGCCUGACCUCUCAGAGAGACCCCGUGAUCAGCAGGUCAGUGAUCGAUCAGAUCCGCCAUGAACGUGAUCGGCAGCUACCAGCAUCACCACCUCAUGCACGAGACCUUCCCGUUCGUCCCGCGGUGCGCCCAGGAGCCCUACCUCCACAGCUGGGGCCCCCAGGCCUACCCGGCCGAGGCCGUGUACGGGGGGCCCCCGGGGGGCCACGACGCCCCGCUGGAGGGGCUGUCGGCCCGUGGCGGCACGCGCCGGCCACCGGGGCCCAAGAAGGAGCGACGGCGGACAGAGAGCAUCAACACGGCCUUCGCGGAGCUCCGCGAGCGGAUCCCCAACGUGCCCGCGGACACCAAGCUGUCAAAGAUCAAGACGCUGCGGCUGGCCACCAGCUACAUCUCCUACCUGAUGGACGUGCUGGCUGCGGACUGCGGCCACGCCGAUGGCUUCAAGGCGGACAUCAAGAAGUUCGACAACCGAGAAACCAAGCGCAAGCGAGAACUGAGCGACGGGCUGCAGGAGUCGGCGGCGGGGGAGAAGCGUCUGAAGGGCCGGACGGGCUGGCCGCAGCAGGUCUGGGCGCUGGAGCUCAACCCGUAAAGCCCGGGAGAAGUCCUGAGCGGGUCUGGGCCCUGGACCUCACCUCGAGGGGACCAUGGGCAGGACUGGCCUCUGGACCUCAGCCCGUGAGGACCUGAGCGGGGCUUGGCCCUGGAGCUCAGACCUAGGGGACCCGGGGCCCACACUGUAGGGUUAUGAAGGAGGCAGGCGCCUGGUCCCUGACCGGAGAGACACUGAGACCUGGUGAUGAUAUCGGAGACUGUCCGUCCUGUUGCUGUUUGAUGUUGGAUCUACCUCAGAAAUAUCGUCCGUUUAAGAAGAUUUAAUCCAUUAGGACUUUUAGGCUUCGAGAGAUUGGACGAAUAGAACAACGUAUUCAUUAUACAUGCUGUAUGGUUAUAAUAAAGGAUUGUUAUCGUUAUUAUAUUAUAAUAAAUUAUAAUAAAGAUUUAAUUUAGGA